AUGUUCCUCUUGUUGCUGGGAGCUCUGCUGGGAGUUGCAGUUAAAGGGCAAAGUUCUAACCGUAUUAUUGGCGGUUACGAGUGUGUGCCGAACUCUCAGCCGUGGCAAGUCAGCCUGCAGCACUUCAGCCGCCACGUCUGUGGUGGAGUCUUGAUAGAUGAAAACUGGGUCCUAACAGCCGCACACUGCCAACUCACGAAUCUUCAGAUCCGCCUGGGGGAACACAACUUAAACUCUUACGAGGAGAGAGAGCAGUUCACCUACGCUGACAAAAUAUGCCCUCAUAAAGGAUUUAACAGUGUUUCGUAUGACAAUGACAUCAUGCUUCUGAAAAUUGCCUCACCAGCCAAUCUGAAUGCAUACGUCCAAACUAUCCCCAUUGGCUGCCCUCCACCCUCUGCGGGAACCAGCUGCCUUGUGUCAGGAUGGGGGACCACCACCAGCCCUGAAGAGAACUACCCGCCUGCACUGCAAUGUGUGAACGUGGAGACAGUCUCUGACUCUUCUUGCCGAGAAUCUUACCCGACUGAUGAGAUAACGGAGAGCAUGCUGUGUGCCGGAGUACCGGAAGGGGGGAAAGACUCCUGUCAGGGAGACUCUGGCGGACCCUUGGUGUGUAACUCUAAGCUGUACGGUAUCACGUCCUGGGGCAACGUUCCCUGCGCUGAGGCCAAUCGUCCAGGAAUAUACACUAAAGUGUGCAACUACCUGGACUGGAUCCAAGACACAAUUUCAAACGGCGACUGCCUACCCUAAUGAAGAUCCUUUCAUUUCUGUAGUGGAUGUCAAAACGUUGACAAUGUUCCAUCCAUCCAUCCAUCCAUCCA